CGCUGCGGGGAGGGGCGGGAGCUCUGGCGGCCGCUCACGAUGGAGAAGCUGGAGCAAGGCCUGUUGAUGCAGCCAUGGGCCUGGCUACAACUUGCUGAGAACUCUCUCUUGGCCAAGGUGUAUAUCACCAAGGAGGGGUAUGCCUUGCUGGUUUCAGAUCUUCAACAGGUGUGGCAUGAACAGGUGGAUGCUUGUGUGGUCAGCCAGCGAGCCAAGGAGCUGAACAAGCGCCUGACUGCCCCCCCUGCGGCUUUCCUCUGUCAUUUGGAUGAUCUGCUUCAGCCGUUGUUGAAGGGCACAGCUUGCCCCAGCAAAGCUACCUUUGUCUGUGAUCGUGUGGCCGAGGCACUGAUCCUGCGCGUACGGAGUGAGCUCUCUGGUCUCCCCUUUUAUUGGAAUUUCCACUGCACCCUAGCCAGCCCUUCCCUGGUCUCCCAGCAUUUGAUUCGUCCUCUCAUGGGCAUGAGCCUGGCCUUGCAGUGCCAAGUGAGGGAGCUAGCAACUGUGCUGCAUAUGAAAGAUCUAGAGAUCCAGGACUACCAGGAGAGUGGGGCUGUGCUGAGCCGAGAUCGGUUGAAGACAGAGCCAUUUGAAGAAAAUUCCUUCUUGGAACAAUUUAUGGUAGAGAAACUACCAGAGGCAUGCAGUGUAGGUGAUGGAAGGCCCUUUGUCAUGAAUUUACAGAGUCUGUAUAUGGCAGUCACCAGACAAGAGAUCCAAGGGAGACAGAAGCAUCAGGGCACUGGAGAUCCUCAGCCCUCAAGCAGUGCCUCCCCACAAGGGACCGAAAACCAACUUCUGAACCAGCCGGAAGAACCAGCACCAUCCCUCCCAGUGCCCGAGAAAGAACCCCCAGGUACUUCAGGCCCUAUGCACAGACCUCAGCUGUCAAAGGUCAAGAGGAAGAAGCUAAGGGGGCUCUUCAGUUAA